AAUAGUAUAUAUAUAUACUUAUACAAAAGUUAAAACACUCUUCUCUUGACAAACACACACACAAUUUACACACACUGAGAUAAUUGUUGAAUUGAAUAAAUUUGGAGGUGAUUAGGGUUUGGAUUUAUGUCCGUCAAUCAAUCUAGGGCUGAGAAGAGCGAGUCGGUACGGUAUCAAAAGUUGAAUCGAUCCGGGAGCUCCGGUGUGCAGAGGAAUUAUUCAGGCGGUGGUGGUAAGGGUAGCGGUGCUGCCACCGCCCCUACUCCUUCGCUUUCGACUAAUCGAAGUUUUAAGAAGCCUAGCAAUGCACAAGGAUCACAAACUCGGGUUGUGAAUUCGGAUAUUAGGAGUGAUGCUACUACAGGUGGUAAUGUUGCUGUUUCUGGUUCAGGUCGUGGUGUACAGAAUGGUGCUCAUCCGCAACAACAUGGAGGGUCUGAUGCAUCAGUUGUUGUCAAGCAGAAUGUUAUGCCAUCGACACAAAAAGUUAACCGGGGUGUGCCGAAAGCCCCAGCUCCGAAUAGUACCCCUGUCAGCUCAAACACAGUGGUCCCUUCAACCCCUGCAAAAGGUGGGGGUUUUCCUCUUCAGUUUGGAUCAAUAAGUCCUGGGUUGAUGCAGGUACCUGCUCGAACUAGCUCAGCGCCGCCGAAUCUGGAUGAGCAGAAACGAGAACAGGCCCGCUAUGAAUCAUUAAGAGCCGCGCCUGUACUGCCAGCCCAAUCUGUUCCUAAGCAAAACGUGCCUACAAAUAAUUCUGGAUCUGCUGACCAAACUAAUGUCGUUGACACUCAUUCAAUGUCAAAAGCAAGAAGAGAUGUUCAAAUUGCCUCUGGUCCACACACAAUUCAAACACAGAAGCCUUCUCUUCACCCUAUAUCUGGGAUGCCUAUGCAAAUGCCAUUUCACCAGCAACAUAUACCAGUUUUUGGUAAUCAUCCAAACCCACAGUUGCAGUCCCAAAGCAUGGUAAAUAGCUCUAUGCCAAUGCCAAUGGCCAUGCCCUUCCCAAUGGGAAAUCCCUCUCAAGUACAGCAGCAACUAUAUAUUCAAGGUCUUCCACCCCACAUGUUGCCGCCUCAGGGCGUAAUGCAUCAGGGCCAAGGUGUAAAUUUCUCAUCGCAAAUGGGGACUCAGUUACCUCACAUGGGCAAUAUGGGGAUGAACAUCAAUCCUCAGUUCCCACAGCAGCAGCCAGGGAAUUUUGGUGGUGCCCGUAAAACAGUUAAGAUUACUCACCCAGAUACACAUGAAGAGUUGAGUUUAUCCAAAAAGGCUGAUACUUACGUAGAAUCUGGGUCUUCUGCUCCACGAUCACAUACCAGUAUACCGCCUCAGUCCCAACCUAUUUCAUCUUUUCCUCCUGGUCGUCCAAGUAACUAUUACCCUAAUUCUUACAGUCAGGGUUCUGUCCUCUAUACAGGUCCUAAUUCACUUCAUUUAAAUAGUAACCAGGUUGCUCCAAGUUCACAGGCUCCAAGGGUUUAUAAACAGGUCACAGUGAAGCCAGCAGCUCCACGCGUUGAGAAGAUUGCCGAGUCUUCUUUACCAGCAAGCUUACCUACUGUUGAGAAGAAUAUUCCUAAGAUAUCUGGUCGAGAAGGAGAAGCUACCUCAAUUCGUAGUGAAAGGGAUUCUGAAAAUAUAACUGAUAUGUCCUUACCGAAGUCAGAGUCUACAUCGAUGCCUGCUCAAAGUAAAGCAGCUAUUGGAGUAUCUGAUACAGUUUCUGCAUCUAGUCCUCCCAGCUCUUCUAGUACACUUCCUGAAAUUUCUGAGCAUCUUAAAUCAACAAGCUCCAGAACUACUGUAAUUGAAAAAACAGAUCUAUUAAAUAGGUCUAACUCUAAUGAUAAUGAUGAGAAACAUGGUAAGAAGAGUCAAUCUCUCCUGCAGAAUCAGAUUGGUGGAUCAUCUGUAUCAGUUUCACCUUCGUCACUUGAAGUUAUAGAUAACACAAUAGAAUCUGCUUUACCAGAAGCUGGUCCAGGAGAAGGAUAUGUCGGGGAAUCCAAAACAACCUGUGUUUCUGUUGACUUGAAUUCAAAUAUUGCUGAGGUACAUGGAAUCCAUGAGUUGGCGAAAAGUGAUGGAGUUGAUUCUGCCGAAAUGUCUACUGCCACUUCGGUGCAUUAUAAUUCAAAGCAAGAAGCUAUGGGAGCUCAAGAAAGUAGACACAUACUGCUUUCUGAUGAGCCAACUGCAGAUGCUACUGGAUGUGCGUCAAAACCCAAUAUACCAAAACCAUCAGACCAUGCUGACCAAACUGAGAGCCUUGUUGUGGAAGUAAAGGAGACACAACCGAAGUUGGAGAAGGAACCUGUACAUCUCACAAAAGGUGAAGAAGAUGCUGAUUCCUCAACUUCUAUUCCCGGGGCAGUGGACCGCCUGAUUACUGAAACAUCCAUCUUGUCUCUUGGAUCCACAAUCUCAAAUGAGACUGAAAAGACUUCGGCUUCAGAUGCUUCUACAAAAAAAGAUGAUACUGUGGGUACUAUAGAAGUUUCUACCGUGGAACCCGAUAAGCUAGAUCAGAAAUCACAAAUGCCUUCAAUUCCAUAUCGUUCUGAGCUGCCUUGUGAAACUGAAAAUGAAGGUAGUGAAACUACAGAUUUGCUUUCGAAAGAUAAACCUGUACCAGAGACAAAUAUGUCAAAGAACACUAAUGCAAAGAAAAAGAGAAAAGAAGCUUUACAAAAAGCAGACCGUGCUGGUACAACGGCUGAUCUUUAUAUGGCAUAUAAAGGCCCAGAUGAGAAGAAAGAAAAUCUCAUCGAUAAUGAGAGCUCUGAGACAUCCUCUAGCAUUUCUAAAGAGUUGGCUGCUAGCAUUUCUCAGAAAGACGUACCGGGUGAGAGUAAAGCAGAACCGGAUGACUGGGAGGAUGCUGCAGAUCUAUCAACUCCUAAACUUGAUGAUGGUAAGCACCUUGGAGAAGUAAAAGAUCACAUUGAGGAUAAAAGUUUGAUGGACAGAAAGUACUCCAGAGAUUUCCUCCUUAAAUUUUCAGAACAAUGUAAGGAUCUUCCUGAGGGCUUUGAGAUUACUUCAGAUAUUGCAGAGGCAUUGGUAUUGUCUAUCGGCAAUGUUCCUCGGGAAAUGUUACCCAGUCCAGGAAGAAAUGAUGAAAGGUCAAUGGGAAGAUCUCGAUCAGGUCGUCGUGGUAGUGGCAUGGGUGAUGAUGAGAAAUGGAAUAAGGUACUCCCUCUACCCUCUGGACUGGAUAUGGGUUAUGGCAAUCAUGGAAACAAUGUUGCUUUUCAGCCUGGAGGAAAUUUUGGGGUAUUAAGAAAUCCGCGUGUUCAAUCACCAGUCAUGUAUUCUGGUGGAAUCCUAUCUGGACCAGUUCAUUCUAUGGGUCCUCAGUAUGGUAUGCAGCGAACUAACUCUGAUGCUGACAAAUGGCAGCGGGCGACUAAUUUUCAGAGAGGUCUAAUACCUUCUCCUCGGACUCCCGCACAGGUGAUGCAUAAGGCUGAGAGAAAGUAUGAAGUGGGUAAAAUAACUGAUGAAGAACAGGCAAAGCAAAGGCAACUGAAAGCUAUCCUAAAUAAGUUAACUCCCCAAAACUUUGAAAGACUAUUUGAGCAAGUUAAACAAGUAAAUAUUGACAAUGCUGGUACUCUCACCGGCGUGAUAUCUCAAAUAUUUGAUAAAGCUCUCAUGGAACCGACAUUUUGUGAAAUGUAUGCUGAUUUCUGCUUUCAUCUUGCGGGCGAUUUACCUGACUUUAAUGAAGACAAUGAAAAAAUUACUUUUAAGAGGUUACUUUUGAACAAAUGCCAGGAGGAGUUUGAGAGAGGUGAGAGGGAACAAGAAGAAGCUAAUAGAGCUGAAGAGGAAGGGGAGGUUAAACAAUCUGAUGAAGAAAGGGAAGAGAAAAGGGUCCAGGCACGAAGGCGAAUGUUGGGCAACAUCAGACUUAUUGGGGAAUUAUACAAGAAAAAGAUGUUGACAGAAAGAAUUAUGCAUGAAUGCAUUAAGAAACUUUUGGGCCAAUAUCAAAAUCCCGAUGAGGAAGAUGUAGAAGCAUUAUGUAAACUAAUGAGCACAAUCGGAGAGAUGAUAGACCACCCUAAAGCCAAGGUGCACAUGGAUGCAUAUUUUGAUAUGAUGGCGAAGCUGUCUAAUAACAUGAAGCUCUCAUCUAGAGUGAGGUUCAUGCUGAAGGAUUCAAUCGAUCUGAGGAAAAAUAAGUGGCAGCAGAGGAGGAAAGUUGAAGGUCCAAAAAAGAUCGAGGAAGUGCACAGGGAUGCUGCGAACGAGAGGCAGGCACAAGCUAACAGAUUGGCUCGUGGACCAAGUAUGGGUUCAUCUUUUAGAAGGGGACAACAACCCAUGGACUUUGCUCCAAGAGGGUCAAAUGUUUUAUCAUCUCCAAAUGCACAUAUGGGUGGAUUCCGUGGAGUACCACAACAGCCACGUGGAUAUGCCAAUCAAGAUAUCAGGACAGAUGAGAGACAUUCUUUUGAUAACAGGAACCUAUCAGUUCCUUUGCCCCAGAGGCCCCUUGGUGACUCCAUUACUCUUGGGCCCCAAGGUGGUCUUGCCAGGGGAAUGUCUAUAAGAGGUCAGCCUCCGAUGUUAAGCAUCCCCUUCUCUGACAUGCACAAUCAAGAUUCCAGGAGGCCCACAACUGGUCUCAACGGGUACGGUUCUGUAACAGAUCAACGACCAGUUUUUACUUCGAGAGAGGAAAUUAUUUCACGAUCUGCCUCUCAUAGGUUUGUCAGCCCUGCUGCUCAUGACCACAUGAAUUUAAUGGAUGGGAAUUCAAGUUAUGUGAACAGGGAAGUGCAGAAUCCAGAUCGUGUUUUUAACAGAUCUCGGCCAAAUACGCCUCCUUCCAGAAGUAUGGAGUCGAGUUCUGUAGGAAACAAUCCUUCGGAAAAGGUGUGGCCGGAAGAACAAUUGCGUAAAAAGUCAUUGGAAACUAUUAAAGAAUUCUACAGUGCCAAAGAUGAGAUGGAAGUUGCCCUGUGUGUCAAAGAUUUGAAUGCUCCCAGCUUUUAUCCAUCAAUGAUAUCUAUCUGGAUAACUGAUUCCUUUGAGAGAAAGGACAUGGAAAGGGGUCUACUAGCUAAGCUUCUUGUGAACCUUGCCAAAUCACGAGACACCUUGUUAAGUCAACCUCAACUUGUGGAAGGGUUUGAAACAGUUCUGGCUUGUAUGGAGGAUGCUGUAACUGAUGCCCCAAAAGCACCACAAUUUCUUGGUGGCAUCUUUGCCAAAGUUGUGCUAGAAAAUGUGCUUCCAAUGGCAGAAAUCGGAAGGUUAAUUUAUGAAGGUGGGGAAGAACAAGGACAGCUUGUAGAAGUAGGGCUUGCAGCUGAAAUUCUUGGAAGCGUCCUGGAGAUUAUAAAAACUGAGAAAGGUGAACAGGUUGUGAAAGAAAUAUGCACGGUCUCCGGUUUACAUCUAGAAAACUUUCGGCCUCCGAACUCAAAAAAGGCAUUGACGCUAGAUAAAUUCAUCUAAGUGUAGCCAUGAUUAUUGUAAUCUGCACAGAAGGAUAUUUUUAUCCAGCUCUAUCGGUGUAUCUCUUCAUAUUGCAGAUAUAUUUAUCUCUAGAUGGUCACUUGGGUUGGGUUUUAUAAAUGGAGGCCCCCUUCAUAUA